UUCUAGUGACUCGCGUUAUCAACUUCCCAAUGUUCCAAUGAAUGUGCCGACGCUAGUGUUAAAAAUCGCUGUCAAAGGAAAAAAAUAUAAUCGCGAUCCAAUGCGGCAUAGUUGCCAAAAAUGAUAUGAGAUAACGAUUUUUCUUCUAGGAAAAGACUGUUUUCUGUGCUAAUCCUUCGAUCAUUUUCACUCACUGAAAUACACUGAACAUCUCUGUAACGGGCUUAAUAGAGUACUAUUAAUUAAACAGCGUCAAUAAAUCCAAAUAUGUACCACAAAAAAACCGUUAUAAGGGCUUUAAUAACUAACCAGCCGAAUAAAUGCCCCUCAGAAGACGGCAAUCCACCCUUAUUGCAGACCUACAGCUAACUUCGCAUGUAUUUUUCAACCCAACUUUUCGUAAGGCAUUUGUUUAUGUUUACAACAUUUACCAUUUCUUGACAUCGUUUUUGAAUUAAUGGCAUUAUUGUAGUUAUGAAUCCACAUUAAGCAGCCGCAACUAAACCACCUGAAGCCACAGACUUCAACUGAGCUCCAAAACUGGUACUUUCAAGGUGUAUUCUCAUAAUCCACAAUGAAGAAAAUAAAGUUUGGCAAAAUAAGUGCCAAUUUUGCCCAAAAAGCGACACCCAUACAGCCGACCGGAAGUAUUGAUAGCAUUGUUGACAUUGGGGCCCCUCAGGCGAUAGAAGCCCUAGAGGAUGACAAGGAGGGACAGCAGAUGAAGGAGGUGAUGGGAAUAUCCGCAUUUGGAAAGAAGGCAAAAACAUUCGAUAUCAAUGAAAUGAUGGCGCAAGUGAAAGCAACUGCAAGGGAAAUAACGAAGAAAGCCGAGGAAGAUAAGCCGGUGGAAAGCAGUAGCGAUGAGAGCAGCGAAGAUGAACUAAUUGGGCCCCCUUUACCUCCACAAGUUCCUGUUGCUAGGAUGGAGAAAAGGACGAAAAACUGCGACAGCGACAGUGAUAGUGAUGAAGACAUCAGCGCCAACAAGCACUUUAUUCCAAUGAGGGCCGACACCAGCAUGAAACAUGGAAAUAAGGCGGUCACGGCCCUAACUGUAGACCCAAGUGGGGCCAGACUGGCCUCAGGUUCGGUGGACUACGAGGUUAGUUUCUGGGACUUUGCUGGCAUGGACUCGAACCUGCGAAGUUUCAGGACGCUGCAACCAGUCGAUAAUCACCCUAUUAGAGCCCUUCACUAUUCCGGCACUGGAGACCUACUUUUAGUCAUCUCGGGCGCAAGCCAAGCAAAAGUAAUUGAUCGCGAUGGUUUUGAGAAGCUUGAAACAGUCAAAGGGGACAUGUAUAUCACUGAUAUGGCUAGAACAAAGGGGCAUACCGCUGCCCUGCUUGCUGGCUCUUUCAAUCCCGUGGCAAAGGACGAAUUUUUAACGACCAGUUCAGAUGGCACUGUUAGGACAUGGGAUUUUUAUGGCCACGGCAAAAACCACAAGCAGAUAAUCAAGUGCAGGGCGCAGAAUGGGCUAAAAGUAUCCCCAACAGCUGUAACGUAUAACAGAGAAGGCAAAGUUAUAGCAUGCGGAUGUGCUGAUGGCUCGAUUCAAUUGUGGGAUUUCAGGAAAAGCUCCGUGGCCCCGGCAAGCCAAAUCCGCAAAGCGCAUCAACCCGUUGAAAUAUCCAGCAUAGCAUUUUCUCAUGUGGGCGACAGUUUGCUGACGCGAAGCUUGGACGAAACGAUGAAAUUGUGGGAUCUUCGGAAGUUCAAAUCGGUUGUUAACGAAGUCGGCUCGCUGUUCGCUCGAUACGAUACAACUGACGCGAUUUUCAGCCCGAAUGAUUGCAUAGUUGCAACCGCCAUGUCACUAAGAAAAGGCGAAAAAACUGGCAAUAUCAACUUUUACGACACCGCCACGUUCAAUCUUCUGAAGACGGUGCCAGUGAGCGCUUCGCACGCAAUUAAAAUCAACUGGCAUUCGAAACUGAAUCAGAUAUUCGUUGGAACUGGGGAUGGCAAUGUUAAGUGCUUCUACGAUGAAAACCGCAGCUUGCGAGGCGUUACCUUAUGUGUGGUCAAGACCCAUAGAAAGGCGCAACAUUCCGAAGUGGUCAGCAGCCAGCAAGUGAUCACACCCCAUGCUUUGCCGCUGUUCAGGCAAGAGCGCCGGAAAACUAGCAGGAAACAGAUGGAAAAAGACCGAUUAGACCCUGUGAAAUCGAAGCGGCCCGACUUGCCCAUCACAUCAGGACAAGGGGGUAGAGUGGCUUCAAGCGGGGGCACUUUGAGCAGUUACGUAAUUCGCAAUCUUGGCUUGAGCAAACGGGUGGACGACGAUCAGGAUCCAAGAGAAGCUAUCCUGAAAUACGCCAAAGAGGCGGAGGAAAACCCGUACUGGAUUGCGCCUGCUUACGCGAAAACUCAACCCAAAGUUCUGCUGGCGUCCACGUCGCAAGACGAUAGCGAUGAGGAACCAGAAAGCAAAAAGAGUAAGCAUUAGUUAAGCUAGUUUAGGGGUGGCGUUCUUCUGCGGGUAUCCGCAGAUAGAAACACUGACUAGAAAAAUACACUAUAUUAACAAUC